GGCAGGCGGAGGGGAUCCUGCAUUAUGUCUGCCCUGGAAGUUUCCGGGUGAGAGCCCCGCCUCCAGCAGGGGGCGCUGUCACACCGAGCAACAUAACGAAGACACGGCCGAGGAUAAGUCUGUGAGACCGGAGAACAGGCCGCCCAGGAGUCAGAGCGCCCCGGCUCACCGUGUCCCUUACCGGGCGUGAUAUACUGCGACCGAGCCGCUGCUCCCCGCUCCGUGCGCUGUAACCGGCCCGCGGGGGCCUCGGGCUCUCCUAAAAUGCCUCUGCUCUUCCUGGAGCGCUUCCCGUGGCCCAGCCUGCGGACAUACACCGGCCUGAGUGGCCUACUGCUGGGCCUCAGCCUGCUGAGCGCCUACCGGAGCCUGAGCCGGGAGCUGGACGAGGAGGAAGGCCGCGGGGAGGCGGAGGAACGCGGCGGGCAGCUGUCAGGAGACGCACGGGAGGUGGCGGUGGAGCUAGGCCGGUACCUGGUGUCUGACAGCCUGGGAGUAUGGGUCCUGGUGAAUACUGUGUGCUGCUUGCUGAUGCUUGUGGCUAAAUUGAUUCAACAUGUGGUGUUUGGGCCGUUGCGAGUCAGCGAGAGGCAGCAUCUGAAGGACAAGUUUUGGAAUUUUAUCUUUUACAAGUUCAUCUUCAUCUUUGGCGUCUUGAACGUGCAGACUGUGGAAGAGGUUGUCCUGUGGUUCUUGUGGUUUGCAGGCUUGGUCUUCCUCCAUCUCAUGGUCCAGCUGUGCCGAGACAGAUUUGAAUAUCUGUCAUUCUCGCCCACCACCCCAAUGAGCUGCCACGUCCGUGUGUUAGUUCUUCUCUCUGCCAUGCUUGGGGUGUGCUGCUGCUUGGGUGUGCUGUGUGUGUUUGCUGGAUAUGUACACGGGAUUCACACGCUGGCAUUCAUGGCUGCCGAGUGUUUGCUGGUGACCACAAGAACAGCCCAUGUUGUGUUACGCUAUGUGAUUCACCUGUGGGACCUUAAUCAUGAGGGAACGUGGGAAGGCAAAGGGACUUAUGUAUAUUAUACAGAUUUUGUGAUGGAGCUCAGUCACCUUUCCAUGGACCUGAUGCAUCAUAUUCACAUGUUGCUAUUUGGCAACAUUUGGCUUUCCAUGGCAAGCCUGGUUAUCUUCAUGCAAUUGCGUCACCUUUUCCAUGAACUGCAGCGCAGACUCCGCCGUCACAAAAAUUAUUUGCGGGUUGUUGGGAACAUGGAGGCUCACUUUGCAGUAGCCACUGCUGAGGAGCUGGAGGCCAAUAACGAUGACUGCGCCAUCUGCUGGGAUUCAAUGCAAGCUGCGCGCAAGCUACCCUGUGGGCAUCUGUUUCACAACUCAUGCCUCCGCUCUUGGCUGGAACAGGACACUUCAUGUCCGACUUGUAGAAUGUCUCUCAAUAUGGCUGAUGGCACCAGACCUCGUGGAGCGCAGCCGAGAGACAACAUAGAUCCAAAUAUGAUCCCCCUAACCGUGACAGAGGUGCGACCCCGCCUCAAUCAGCACAAUCACUUCUUCCAUUUUGAUGGUUCAAGGUUUGCAAGUUGGCUGCCAAGUUUCUCAGUUGAAGUGAUGCACACAACAAAUAUCAUCGGAAUUGCUCAAGCAAGUAACUCUCAGCUAAAUGCCAUGGCCCAGCAGGUUUUAGACAUGUUUCCUCAAGUACCUUAUCACCUGGUCUUGCAGGAUCUGCAGAUUACUCGCUCCGUGGAGAUCACUACGGACAAUAUUUUAGAGGGACGCAUUCUAGUGCCUUUUCCCACACAGAGGUCUGAUGAGCCCAGAUCGGACGGGUCUUCUGAAGCUAAUGAGCAACAAGAAACUAAUGGAGAUGUCCAGACCGAGCGAGUUCCAUUGAACUUGACCCCAAGUAUGGAGGAAUACGGAGACUUCAGUGAAGCAGAGGUACAGCCCACUGAUGCAGAAGACUUUGAGGCCAGAGGCAGCCGGUUCUCCAAAUCUGCAGAAGAGAGGCAACGAAUGCUAAGCCAAAGAAAGGAGGACGUGGUGCAGCUGGCAAGAAGGCGCUAUCUCAACAGAACUUCAGACGAUGGUCCUUCUACGUCCUCAGAAAACGAGGUUUCGGACUCGGUUGCCCUCCGCCGGCGUAUGAUGGCAGCCGCUGCCGAGCGCAGGAUUCAGCUGCAGCAGCCGCCUCAGGAAUGACCCGAGCACAUGCAUCACCUGGCCUUGAUCUUUGUGCACACGAUGCACACACAGACUUGUUCUGACCCAGCACCUUUCUCUAGAGCUGCUCCAGCUUGACGGACAGAGAUAAUCUUUUGUAAAAUGUAUUGUUUUUCUUUCUCGCAGGCCUUGUUUUUAGAACAAGAGGGGGCUGAUAAUAGGCUCAGAUGAAUUAGAUGUUUUUUUUUGACCAACAACAUGUAUGACUGAUCCUCGAGGGAGAAACAUGACAGUAUUUUAGACAGAGGAAAAAGCCUCUGCAACCUCUAGAUCUUAAAGUAACACGAGAAAAAAAAAAACCCGUCCUCUUCUUAUGAAUUUCCUCAGCAGCAGCUUACGUUUUGGCGAUGUUUUUAGAUGAGGACCAUGCCAAUUUUACUCAUGGCUACCCCAUAACCAUGCAUUUGUUUACAAUGUUUGCAGAUUAAAUAUGUGUAUUAAAUAUUCAUGUCCCGCUUUGAUGAGAGUAGAGAACCCUGCACGUCCGUUAGAACCUGACAGAAGUACCACUUUAUAAGACUUGAUGGAUGAUUAUCGGACACUCGGUUGUGUUCACAAGCAUUUGAGGAGGUUCUGUUGCUUUCCCGGACGAGAUCUAGUGCAGGGUUCUGUGGGAUUGGUUAGGGGCAAGAAAUGCAAGCGAUAGCAAAGGUGUUUCAGAUUAAAGGUAAGUAGCUAAUAAGGAGUUGGUUUCUGUGCAGUGAGGCUUCAUAGAGACUUGGUCCUGACAAAUGUGGUUCUGCUCCUGCGGGGUCACUUUCUUCUGCCAUGGCUUAUGUUUCCGGUAUAAGUGGAAAUCUCCAAAGUCGUAUGAACAGAAUUACUGUUUUUUAUUAUUUUCUGUUAAAGGGAGCCUGUCAACAGUUUUGUAGAUGGGAAACUGCUGACGGACACAGCGGCAGUGGACAGCAGGUAAUACACACCCCGUCCCUGCUUUUGAUCAAUGAAGUGCUGUGAAAAUGAUCAUUGAAUGCCAAAGGUGCCGCUCCCACAAGUGCAUUGGGGGCAGUCUUCAGGCUCAGUAUGAGGGGCACCACAACCAGGAGACGCCUACAGCUGUCAUAUACUGAGCCUGAAGCAUUGUAGCCUGCGGGCCGGCCCCCAGUGCACUUGUGGGAAAAGGCACCCACGUCAUUCAAAAUUAAUUUUUACAGCACUUCAUUGAUUAAAAGCAGAGGCAGGUUUGUAUGAAUUCCUGCCCAUACCUGUGUCUGUCAGCAGUUCUUAAUCAACAAAGUGGCCGACAGACUCCCUUUAACUCCAUUUGUCUGUAUUCUGUACUCUCUCCAAAACCAUGUGUUUUAUAUAUAGUUUACCCGGGUGACAUUGUACAUUGUUGUAUCUGUUACAGGAGACGCAAGACGUACAUUUUGUCCUUAAAUAAACUCACUUGACAGACUAGUGCGGGACCCAAGUGGGCAGACAUGACACAAGGAUGGAAAGAGAAUCCCUGUGCCGUACACCACCCCCUUAGGCCCUGCACUAGAUAAAAUGCAGGAUAUUCGUUUAUUCUAGUGUUAUUAAGGCUUCAUGCACACAACUGUAUUUUUCAUCCAUGUGGUGUCCGCAUUUUUUACGGAUGGCAUGCCGACCCAUUUAUACGGGGACAUGCACACAUCAGUGUUUCUUGGGGAUCCAUUUUUCAGUUCUGGAAUAUGUCCUAUUCUAUAAGGAAAGCAGACAGACAGAUGCCCGUAUUUUGCAGACCGAAAUAUGGACACGGCCAUGUACCCAUGUGUUGGGUAUCUGACUUUAUUUAGUUCAGCCUGGCCCAUUACUGACCCAGUAUUGGAAAAGCAGUUCAUGGGAACCUAUAGGGGAAGGUGGGCAUUUAUUUCUGACCUGUUUGUGAAUGGAAAACAGGAAAAUAUAAUUUUGAUAAUUAAAAAGAAAAACAGAUGCCGAAGGAUGAGAUCAGAUUUGCUACAGAAAAAUUAUUAGUUUUCUUCUCUGCCAAAAUCGCUCAGUAAAGUCGUAAAAUUGUCAUCCCCCAAAAAAAGUGUGCACUUGGCCUAAGCUAGCAGCAGAGAGCACUCAUUUACAGCACAUGAAUGUGCAUUGGAGACUGAGCCUGGCUGCUAGAAACAUGUUUUUAUUUUAUUUUUUUUCAGAUGCCUUUGCCAUCACAGGAUGCCUUGUGAUUUGGCUACUGCAAUGUCUGGAUUUUAUUCUUAUAAAAAAUAAACUUUUAAUCAGUGUUGA